AUGGCUGCUGCCGCCGCCCUCGACAUGGUUUCCGCAACCAUCACGGGGCUGCCGUCGUUGUGCACGACGACUCUUCUGCCCGACAGUGGCGUUAUGACACUGGGAUUCGACGGCGUCCCUGUACCAUUGACCGAGCCGGCUGUGUAUCAAGUCCCAUGUCCGACCCCCGAUCUCUUGCCUCGAGCCGAGUACUCCGUGACGGUCGCUGCUUCAGGCGACGAGAGCAGCCUCACUCAGCAUGAUGCAGCUGACAGCAGCCCCAAAUUCUCCGACUUCCGCGACCCCUUUUACGCCUCGACUUUUCCGAUAUGCUACGCCCUUGCCGCAACUACCGUCACCGCUUACAUGCUCGUUAUUAUGCUAUUUGUCACCCCACGAUCGUUUCUUGAUGGAGGAAUCGUUUAUCUGGGCCGACGAUCCGCUUUCACUCACAGCUCUUCCAGCAGUGUCACGAUCGGUGGCCGGCCAUGGCUACAGAAAGUUGCAGCUUUGACCGUUGCCAUCUCGCUAACGAUUGCCUCGGCUGACACCUUUCAUGCCGCCAAAAGUCAGUACAUGUGGGGGAUCCAGAACGCGAAUCAACUGCAGGAUGAAGUGAUGAAUAGCGUGGAACUCAAAGUUAUCCGGCUCGUCUCCGAUACUUUUCUGUGGCUGGCUCAGGCCCAGACUCUGAUCCGACUCUUUCCCCGGCACCGAGAAAAGAUCAUUAUCAAAUGGGUCGCGUUCGCACUAAUCACUCUCGAUGUUGUCUUUAGUGCCAUUACCAGUUUCAAAUACUCGGAAAAUGGCAUCAACACCACCGCGCGACCCAAAAACUUUGUUCAUCCCGUGCCCGCUCUCAGCUAUCUGUUUCAGCUCUCCCUCGGGCUCUUGUACGCAGCAUGGGUUGUUUACUAUGCGCUAAUGAAGAAGCGCUACUCUUUCUACCAUCCCUUUAUGAAGAACAUAAGCUUCGUCGCCAUCAUCUCGCUUAUCUCAAUCCUGAUUCCCGUGGUGUUUUUCAUUCUUGAUAUCUCCCAGCCUGAUUUCACUGGAUGGGGAGAUUACGUGCGAUGGGUUGGUGCUGCAGCUGCCAGUGUAGUAGUCUGGGAGUGGGUGGAAAGGAUCGAGGCUCUAGAGCGAGAGGAGAAGAAGGACGGCAUACUUGGACGUGAAGUAUUUGACGGAGACGAUACACUCGAAAUCAACGCAUCCGAGUUCCCAUGGCUCCGCAAUCGCAAGAGCCGAAAAGGAGGCAGUUCGGGAAGUAGUGGCGACGGUGAUCGACAGCAAAUGUCUUCGUCUGCUGUCAACGGUUGGCCGACUGUUUCCUCCAUUGCCAACAGAUACCGAGGGCAGAGCAAUGGUGCUUUUGCCGAGACUAGUGAACAAUCCACACAAAGAGGCACAGGCAGAGGUUUGCGGCCCAACAUCUGGCCAGCUCGCCCGGCGCCUGCUGUGACUCCUAUCAGCCGAACAGAUACCGCCAGCGCAGCCAGCACGGUCUAUGCCGUGAGAUAUCAAGCACCCUCAGAAACCACAUCGCGGACACCAGACCCUCUACCGCAACCGAGUGUGGUCGAUUUGAGUCAACAGAGCAGCACUCCCCCAAGCCAGCACACGCAUGAUGAAUCCAGUUCUUCAAAUCAAGCUCCAGCUUCUGUACAACAUGGGCAUGUCGUGUCAUCGCCAUCACAACAAUCUGCCGAUCUAGAAGCAAACCUGACAAACCCACCACCUCAGGGCGGUUGGCGAGGUCUCGCAUUUGCCGGCCCGAGAUCUGGUCACUUGGGUGAGGAUGCGACAAGGGAGAUGACCCAGCAAUCAGAGAACAAUCCAGUCGCGGAACGCGAAGGAAGGACAAGCAGUUCGAGCCGGUGGGAUCUGAGAGCUCGCCUGGAAGAUUUCGCGGCCAAUCAAGCAGAGAAAUUACGGGACCGCAUGCGCACAGCUCCCAACACCGAGAGUCUUCCUGUAACAGUUAUUCCGGCACCUCCGCGAAGAGGAGCAGCGCUGCAGCAGGUGCUUGAGGAAGAAGAGCUCAACACAUCAGAGCAGGGCUCGCCAGGUCGCGAACCUUUUACGUCACAAAACAGGAGCACGAGCAGUCCCAGCAAUGUAUCGCGAGACGCAACAGGAGAGAUUGCACAACUCGACAGGAGUCGAAGCACGUUCUCAGGCAGCCAGGGCGAUGGGCCGAUCCCACCAAACAACCCACCACUAUGGCGGGGUGUUCGGCCGAGAAUGACUGCCGACGAAGAUUACUAUGAUGAUUCUGACGAUGGAUCACUGUCGGGCAGGUCAUCAUUGGAUCAUCGGAGGCAAGAUUCGGACUCAUCUGGUCUCCACCGGACGAGUUGA